AUGGCACGGCUGCACUUUCUCGCUCUUGGAGCUGUCUUGCUCCCUUCGGCGUUGGCACUACCAUCAAGCGAGCCUCUCAACCUGGUAGUCAACACUGUUGAACAGAGACAGUAUUCGGAAUCGGUAGAUAGAGCUCAGGCAGUCGUCGAUACUUUUAAGAUCAGUUGGGAUGGUUACUACAAAUAUGCGUUUCCCAACGACGAGCUGAACCCAGUCACGAACAAUUUCAGUAACUCAAGGAACGGAUGGGGCGCCUCAGCCGUCGAUGCACUCUCCACCGCCCUCGUAAUGGAAGAAAAAGAAAUCGUGAACCAGAUCCUCGCCCAUGUCCCCACGAUCAACUGGUCUAAAACCGAUAUCGAAGUCUCCCUCUUUGAAACCACAAUCCGCUAUCUCGGCGGCCUGAUUUCCGGCUACGACUUCCUCAACGGCCCGCUGGCGCAUCUAGCAGAUAAUAAGGACCAGGUCGACGCCCUGCUCGCGCAAAGUAUCACUCUUGCGAACAACCUUAGCUACGCCUUCGAAACACCCACCGGCAUCCCCUGGAACGACCUCACCUUCUCCAACCGCAGCAAUGUCGACACGCCCAACCUCCUCGCAACAGUCGGCACAUUGAUUCUCGAAUGGACGCGCCUCGCUGACCUCUCCGGGAACGAGACCUACGCCACCCUCGCCGAAAAUGCUUACAAGUACCUCCUCAACCCCCAACCCGCAUUCGGCGAGCCUUUCCCCGGCCUUCUCGGCAUGCGCAUCGACCCCAAAACCGGCCUGUUCAAAGACGCGCUGGGCGGCUGGGUCGGCGGUGCAGACUCGUACUACGAAUACCUGAUCAAGAUGUACAUCUACGACCCCACGCGCUUCUCCUACCUCAAAGACGCCUGGAUCGUCGCUGCCGACUCGACAAUCAAGUACCUCACCUCGCACCCCAAGACCAAGCCGGACGUGACGUUCCUCGCGUACUACAACGGCACGACGCUGCGUUUGAGAAGUCAGCAUCUCGCGUGCUUCGACGGCGGCAACUUCAUCCUCGCGGGGCAAACGCUGGGCGAGCAGACUUACAUCGACUUUGGCCUCAAGCUCGUCGAGGGCUGCAGGCUCACGUACACGAGUACCGCAACGGGCAUCGGCGCCGAGCAAUUCCGCUGGGAAAGUAAUGUUACUGUCCCCGCCAACCAGACGGAGUACUUUGCGAAAUCCGGCACCGUCAUUUCAGACCCAUCGUACAAUCUGCGCCCGGAAGUCAUCGAGAGCUACUACUACGCGUACCGCGCGACCAAGGAUAAGAAAUACCAGGACUGGGCGUGGGAGGCGUUUGUUGCGAUUAAUAGUACUACCCGCGUGGGCAGCGGGUAUAGCAGUAUUAAUGACGUGAAUGUGCCGGGCGGAGGCGGCUGGUCGGAUUUCCAGGAGAGCUUUUGGUUCGCGGAAGUGCUCAAGUAUAGUUAUCUGAUUCAGACGGAGGGGAGUGAGGAGUGGCAGGUUGGGGAUGGGGGGAGGGAUACGUGGGUGUUUAAUACGGAGGCGCAUCCGGUUAGGGUUGUUGGGGGUGCGAAGUAA